GCACGUGCCGGCCCAGCCCAUCCCUCGAAAUGGCCAUGGGAGGAGGGCCGCGGAGGAGCUGCUCGCCCACGGAGGAGGAUAGGUUAGGGUUCGACGUGGCGCUGGCCAAGGCCAAGGACGUCGCCUCGUCCGCCCCCGUUGUCGUCUUCAGGUGCGAUUCCCCUCUGCCACUUUCUCCCCUCCUUCGAAUUCGAUGCAAGACAUACUGUGAAUACUGCAAGCAGGUUAAGAAGUUGCUAACACAAUUAGGAGCAAGUUAUAAAGUGUUUGAAUUAGAUGUUGAAAGUGAUGGAACAGCACUACAGUCUGCACUAAUAGAAUGGACUGGACAAAGAACAGUUCCAAAUGUUUUUAUUGGUGGAAAUCAUAUUGGUAGUUUUGAUGGUACAAAAUCAUUUAUCACAAAUUUGUUCCAGGCCCUUGAAGAUGGUUCAAUUGCAAUAGCCAAUAAAAAGUUGGAUGUUAUCAAGAAGUUGGAGUUAUCACUGUUUCCCACAAUGGACACUGUACAGAGGACAAGUUCAUCCCCAAAGGAAAAAAUUCAUUCUUUUUCAUCUUCUGAACCAGACAGUGAUCCAGAAGAUAAAGAACUUAGUGAUGAUGAUGAUCGUAAUCACAAACAUCGUAGGAGGGAGGUCCGGCCACAUUCUUUGGACAAUGAUCUUCAUGCACCACCUAUAAGAAGGCCUAACAGAAAGCGAAACAAGCCUUUUGAAAAUGGGCAACCGUAUCUGGAAACCGGUCCUCAGUCUAGUGAAAUUCAAAAAGAAUAUAACCCUAGUUUGGAAAGGGAUGUCUCUUCAAAGUCAGAGAAACGAUGUGCUGGCUUGACACCACAGAUGCGGGCUCCUUCAGAUUCAGGCCCUCGGGCUAGACUAAACCAAUUCCACACUGAUACUGGUUCCCGUUUUGAUUCUUCUGCAUCCACAGGUCGCCCUUCUAUAGGGAGGGGAAGAGGAAGGAAUACUGUUCCCUGGAGUCAACAUGAUUCAAGGUUCAAUCAUUAUGACACUCUUGAUUUGGCAUCGCAGAUAGCUUCACAAGGACCACCUACACAUCCUAGUCUAUAUGCGGGGACUGGUUUACCAAGUGCUGCAAAUACACAAAAUGCAUCUUGGGGUGCAUAUGGGUUUAUUCCUGGAAUGAAUAACACAAUAUUGGAUCCGCUUCACCCACUUGGUUUGCAAGGGACUCUUCAGCCCCCAAUCAGCCCUCUAUUAAAUAUCGGCGGGCUGCGCCAGCGUUGUAGAGACUUUGAGGAGCGAGGUUUUUGCUUGAGAGGGGAUAUGUGCCUGAUGGAACAUGGUGUAAAUCGAAUUGUUGUUGAAGAUGUCCAGAGUCUGUCUCAAUUCAAUCUUCCUGUCUCAAUUCCAAGUUCACAUGCACUGGGAAUUCUAGCUGGGGCAGGAUCUUUACCACCUGUUAGUGCAUCUUUGAGCCUCUUGACAAGCAGUAAAGCUGUAUCUAUGAAAAAUAACAAAUCUGGAGUGACAGAUGAUGCAUUGAAACUGAAUGGAGUUUCCUCUGCUUCAGGUGUUUCUGAAGCAGAUGUCUAUGAUCCUGAUCAGCCUCUGUGGAACAAUGAACAUCCUGAAACAUCCAGUGCACACUUGAGGCUUCCUUCACCAAAAAAUAACAGUGUUGCUUUAUGGGGUGCUGAUUGUUCUGCUCACCCGGGUCUCAGGUUAUCUGAUGGCAUUGGAAAUGAGCACCCUGGCAGAAGCUUUGUGGCCAAUAUUGGCUCUGUUUGGGGCUGGAUAGGACCUGGGAAUAAGUCGGAAACUGGAAGGAAGGCUAAUAGUCAUAUGACUGUGACAAGUCAUAUUGGGAAUGAAAUGAAGGAAGAUCAUGAGGAAACAAUGGCCUAUAAUCAUUCUGCCACUGAAGGAACGCGUGCUGCUGGUAAGGAGAUGGGUCCAAAAGCAACAGCUGUUCAACCUCUACCAAGGCUGCGUGCAGAUUCUGGACGUAAUGGUGGUAAAGCAUCUCAGAGAGCUUCUCGUACUCUCUAUGUAAAUGGUAUUCCUCAAAAAAUCAACAGAAGGGAAGCUCUUCUUUCACACUUCCAGAAGUUUGGCGAGGUCAUUGACGUUUAUAUUCCGCUGAACAGUGAAAAGGCUUUUGUCCAAUUUUCUAUGAGGGAGGAGGCAGAAGCUGCACUGAAGGCACCUGAUGCUGUAAUGGGUAACCGUUUUAUAAAAUUAUGGUGGGCCAACCGAGAUACAAUUUCUGAUGAGGGAGAUGGCGGUGUCCAUAAUAAGUCUAUGCAAUUUCCUGGUGUGGCAGCUCCCUUUGUUGCAUCUCAGUUGUCCAUUGGUGACAGAGGUAAAGAAAAUCUCCCAUCUGCAGCUCCAAAGGGAAGCAGUGUGCUUGGGGCUGAAGCAUCAGUGCCUGCUGGUGGACCUCCACAAAGUUUAUUAGCAAAUUGUCUAAAAGCAGCACCUCCUGUGCAAAAGAAGCUGGAGGGUUUGGAGAUUUUGAAAGAGGAACUUCAUAAAAAGCAGGAAAUUUUGGACAAAAAACGGGAUGAAUUCUGGCGCCAAUUGCAUAAAUUAGAGAAACAAGCAAUUUCAAGCAAAAAGAAGGAAGUAGCCUCUGAACAGGCAGGUAAGAGGCAUAAAGUGGACAUGGCAAAUGAAGCUGUAGCAGCGAGAGCAGCUGUAGCCCCGAGGUCCACUAAUCUUUGUACAACAGGGGCACAUCUAGAAGCUGAAAGGACACUGGAAAAGAGAAAUUCUGGAGAGAUUCUUGUUCCACACUCUUCAAAAGAAAAUUCAAGUGCUCUGCAGCAAUCUCCUGGGAAUAUUAAACAGACAAGCCAUCUGCCAGGACCGGUGCUGGAUAGAUUUAAGCAGGAAAACUCUCCUACUUCAUUUAGAGUUGUUCGUCCUCUACCAGCUGAGUUGGCAAAUGUUGUUGCUUUGAAGGAUCAUUUUUCAUAUUUUGGUGAUCUCUCUUCUGUUGUGCUCGAAGAGCCAGAAGAUCAUACCAAGAAUGAAAGCUUAAAGCCAUCUCAAAAUUGCUCUGCUUGUAUAUCUUUUACCACCCGUCAUUCUGCCAUGAAUGCAUUUCUUAAUGGUAAACAUUGGCAGGGUCACAAUUUGUGGUUUACGUGGCUAACAGCCUUCCCCAAUUAUAACAGUGAUCAUAGCAUCCAAGAAACUUCAACUCCUAUGGGGGCUUUAAGUCCUGAUGUCCAAGCUGAGGUAGUGACAUCAUCUUCAUCAAAUGCAGGAAAGCCAGCAUGCAAUGUCAUGUCACAGGUAGCUGCUAUUAGAAAUGGAGGGUCUCUUAAGGAUGCUGAAAGCACAAAUUGUGCUCUCAUUACCAAGCCCAAGGCUCUGGUACAGACCUCUCAUUCCAGUACCAUAUCAUGUGAGGAGCAUCCCCCAAUGUCUGAUGUUCCGAUGGUUGGAGCUGCCAUCAAUGUAGGUUUUUCACAGUAAGGCACUCUGGAUCAGAUUUUGGUGUUCCGUGAGGCUUCAGCAUAUAUAAUUAACCCUUGCUCCCUUAGAGUUCUUGUACCCAACAGAAAGGUGUUUUUCCGCCUUAUUGAGUGGAGAAAAGAACUUCCAAUGACAUUUGCAGCAUUAAAGGAACCUCCAAUUUUUUUCUUUCCUUGCUUUUUUUUUAUUGCACUUAACACAGAUGUUUCUGUUAAUCGAAAGUUGAGGGAUGUUCUGGCCUGCCUAAACAAACUGAUAUGCUGUCUGCACAUUGUUACCUGCCAGCCAUUGGUGACUGGAUGAAAGUGUGUUCUCAUUAAACAGUUAUAUUGGAAAAAAGGAAAGAAGAUUUCAGAAAAAAGAACAAAAAAAAGGAAAAGAAGAGUUGUGAUACUGGAUCAAUUCAAUGAAAGAAAUAAAUGAAGAGUGGUAUGAAUGGAUGAGGGGAAAAAAACAAUGGAUUGGAAAAUAACUUGGAUAAAAUGGAAAAAAUGGAAAAAUAAGAAAGAUGAAGUUUGUUGGAGAGGGAAAAGUAGAAUUGAUCAAAGGAAAAAGAAAGAAGAAUGAAGGUGGGUGAUGAUUUUUGAAGUGUUUAUUUGCAACCUGAAGUCCUGGACUUGUAUUCAUCAGUCAUCUGUAUUUUUUUCUCUAUUUGUUUUCAGCCUUCAUUGAUGAGGACACUCAUCCCUAAUGUUAUGUAGAUCUUUCAAUUUGACAAAAAAAAAUUGGUUUGACUUGGUAUGUUGUUAAUUGAGAUGCUGUUGAUAUUGUUUAUGGUA